ACCGAACACAAUCAGCCUCUAAGUGACCCUAACUUUAACCCUAACUAACCCAUUUACAGGCAAUAUAAACCUUAACGUAAACGUAGGGCUUCCAUACCUCGUUGUCCUUCGAAACCACGACUACUUCCGCUCUGGUCAGUCUGCGACGUGUGUUAUGCGCAUGCGUCUGCACUGAACAGCAAAGACACAUCAACAAGGAGAUACACCAUUUCUCUCCAUAGCAAUUUGUUUCUAUAAACCCCUCCACUGCUCGCUACUACCUACCAGAAUGAACGUGGGCGUGGCACACAGCGAGGUGAACCCUAACACUCGGGUCAUGAACAGUCGAGGGAUCUGGCUGACCUACGCGCUGGGUGUGGGGAUACUUCACGUUGUGCUCUUGAGCAUCCCCUUCUUCAGCGUGCCGGUGGUGUGGACUCUCACCAACGUCAUACACAACUUUGGAAUGUAUGUCUUUAUGCAUGCAGUGAAGGGGACACCGUUUGAGACCCCGGACCAAGGAAAAGCCAGACUUCUCACACAUUGGGAACAGCUUGACUACGGCGUGCAGUUCACGUCAUCUAGAAAGUUCUUCACCAUCUCCCCAAUCAUCCUAUACUUCCUGGCAAGUUUCUACACAAAGUACGACACCACACACUUCGUCAUAAACACUGCCUCACUUCUGAGCGUCCUGAUCCCCAAGCUGCCACAACUACACCGAGUGAGAAUCUUCGGCAUCAACAAGUAUUAAGGAAUUGUAAAUAUUGUGUUUCAUAGCAACAGAAGUCAACUCCUGUGUAGUCCAUACCGCCGAUGUGUGUGUGUGUGUGUGUGUGUGUGUAAACGUCGCCGUCGUCGUUUAGAUGUAUCAGGUUUACGAUGAAAUGUUAAAAAAUAAAGCAGGAGUAGGUCUGUAGACGACAGGAUGCCAUAUGCAUUACUAACUUAUGUGAAUAUUUAAUGAUGUAUUUGUGGCCUGCAUAGACCUGGGCUGGCCCGGGCAUCAGCGAGGUUUUUGGUUGGUUGUUUUAUUCUUUGCCCUAAAAAUCACACGGCAACACAAAUUGUGAAUACGAGUCCCAAAUGUAUUUUUUCAGAGACGUGUACUUCCUGAGGGUCGGGGCCUGUGGCUCGUCGUUUAUCGGUACACUCUCAUUUUGUAAUGGGCGUCAAACGUAUUCAUGCUGAGUGAAGAAAGGAAUCCUAAUACUCUUUAUUUGCACGAUUUCCUCGGUAUGUGAAUGAUUUCUUCAUUUGUAACUCAAUCGAAACAGGGCAGACUUUUGUUCAUUGUACAGUUUUUUGUGUGAAUGUUACGUCCUGUAUGCUAAAGAUAAAGUCCCGCGUGUAGAAGUGAGACAAACUCCUGUUGUCUGGUUAAGUGUUUACUGAAGGUCUACAGUAGCUCUGGGAUCGGGGGCUCUCUUUAGAUUUAGACUUUUUGGCAAUCAUCAAGGCAGCUAGUCCUGCUUGGUUUGCCCAUAUCUCUCGAGAGUUCCUAUCCUUAAUCUUAUUAAAAUCUUUGUGCCCUC